CAGCGGAUGGAGAGAGAGAGAGAGAGAGACGAAGAGAGAAGGACGGAUGCAAGGCGAGGCCAGGAGCGGGAAACCUUAUCUCUCCCGAUUGUCCAGCUACUGUCCUUUUCUUCUUCUAUUUUUUUUCUUUUCACCCGAGCAUCGUUUUAUAGCGCGACCCUUUUUUUUUCAUUUUGAUAAAAAACAGCCUCACUGAUCUCCACAUCCGUCCUGAUGUGCCGCUGCGCCUCAUCACGAUUCUUCAAGGAUAUGCAAAGCGGCUGUUAUCACGUCGACGGUAUUAUCCACUAAAUGCAAGGAUGUACUUGAUGGACGAUGUCGGAAACGUACGAUCAACAAUGGCAAUCGAGAACUGCGCUCGGUGAGCUGUAGAAAUCGACGCGGGGGCGCAGAGCAGACGAGGCUUGUGCGUUAAUUUGCGCCUAAUUAUUGUUUUCGCGUGCGAUCGCGUGUUUUCCUCCCUUCAUCCAUCGGAGCUGUAAGGCCCGUAGCCCGCAUCGUCUCUGGGCAUGAAACCCGUGGGAAUUAUGAUACCAACGUGACGCACAGUCACACAGCACAGCGGGGCAGACAUCGAGCCUCGACAGGACGGAGGGAGGGUGUGAGGUCCAGCAGAGCAGAGCCCUACACAGUACACGGAUCACAGGGGGAGGACGCCCAGUUGUUGUUGGACAUAUCGCGCUAAUGACUGCCUUAUAACCCAGCAGGUAUCGCCCACCAACCUUUCCCAAUUGAGUAUAUAUAUUUUUUCAUGCAUCGGCCACAGCGUAGUGGGAGAAAGGGAGGAGAGUACAGUGGGUGAGGGCGCGGAGAGACGGGAUGCGGGAGACGCAGUGAGCGAGGAGGAGGAGGAGGACGAGGGAAACCGGAGGAUUGACGGCUCUCCUAACGCGGCUGGUGGUGUGACGUCCUAACUCUUCCUGCCCGGGAUGGCUGUCUCAUUGUGGUUCGUGGGGGUAUGUGUGCUCACUCUGGCUCACGUCGCCCCCUCUGGCCAAGCCAUGUCCCGGGCCGCCAUGCCAUUCGGGCUGCUGCGCAGAGAGCUGGCGUGCGAGGGCUACCCAAUAGAGCUGCGCUGCCCAGGGAGUGACGUGGUUAUGGUGGAGACCGCCAAUUAUGGACGCACUGAUGACAAAAUCUGUGAUGCAGACCCUUUCCAGAUGGAGAACACACAGUGUUACCUCCCUGACGCACUGAAGAUAAUGUCCCAGAGGUGUAACAACAGGACUCAGUGUGUGGUGGUUGCAGGGGUCGACGUCUUCCCAGACCCCUGUCCCGGAACAUACAAGUACCUGGAGAUCCAAUAUGAGUGUGUCCCUUACAAAGUGGACCAAAAAGUUUUCGUGUGUCCUGGUUCACUGCUCAGCAUCCAACCAGCAUCUUCGCUCCUGGAGGCGGAGCAUCAGUCAGGGGCCUGGUGUAAGGACCCCCUACAAGCUGGUGACAGGCUGUACGUCAUGCCCUGGACACCGUAUAGAACAGAGGUGCUGUAUGAGUAUGCCUCUUGGGAUGACUACCGGCAAAACCGAGUCACCACUACCUAUAAGUUGCCCAGCCGUGUGGAUGGUACCGGCUUUGUGGUGUAUGAUGGUGCUGUGUUUUAUAAUAAGGAACGAACGCGCAACCUGGUCAAGUAUGACCUGCGGACACGCAUCAAGAGCGGCGAGGCGGUGGUGGUCAAUGCCAACUACCAUGACACCUCGCCUUACCGCUGGGGAGGGAAGUCAGACAUCGAUCUGGCAGUGGACGAGAACGGCCUUUGGGUUAUCUACUCUACUGAAGCCAAUAAUGGACGCAUAGUGGUUAGCCAGGUGAACCCAUACACUCUGCGCUUUGAGGGCACAUGGGCGACCGGCUUCGACAAGCGUGGGGCGAGCAAUGCCUUCAUGGCCUGUGGCGUGCUUUACGCAGUACGCUCCGUCUUCCAGGACGACGAGGGGCAAGCUGAUGGCCGAGCUGGCAGCAACAUGGUGGUUUAUGCCUAUGACACCAGCCGUGGACAGGAGCUGCCUGUCCAGAUACCCUUCCCCAACCCUUAUCAGUACAUCUCCUCCAUAGAUUACAACCCUAGGGACAACCAGCUCUAUGUGUGGAACAAUUACUAUGUGCUGAGAUACCCUCUACAGUUCACGCCACCCCCUCCUACUAAAGGUCCCCUCUCCUCUCUGAUGACGACCGUUCGCUCUUACACAGCUACGGUCGCUCUGACCCCAGUGCGGCCGUCAGCCUCACACCCUAUCGGUGUCAUCAACAGAGGGCCCUUUGACCAGCGGCCGAUCACAGCCAUGGUGCCUCUGACCCCACGCCCUCCUCUCCGUGUGCCCUUGGCCCCUGGGGGGCCCGGUCAGGUGGGCGGAUGCGAGGGCCGGGUGGCACGAGGGGUUCAGUGGCCCCCGACCCUGAAGGGCGAGACCGUUGAGAGGCCUUGCCCGAAAGGGUCUCUGGGUAUAGCCUCCUAUCAGUGCAUGUCAUCUCCAGUGGGCUGGAACUCCAGAGGGCCUGACCUUUCCAACUGCACCUCUCCCUGGGUCAGCCAAAUUGCACAGAAGAUUAAGAGUGGAGAGAACGCGGCCAACAUCGCUGGGGAGCUGGUCAACCUGACGCGGGGGCGGAUCUAUGCCGGUGACGUCAGCAUGUCCGUCAGGCUAAUUGAACAACUGCUGGACAUACUGGACUCUCAGCUCCAGGCCUUGAGACCGGCCAAUAAAGAGUCAGCAGCGCGCAAUUACAACAAGCUGCAGAAGAGAGAGCGCACAUGCAAAGCAUAUGUUCAGGCGGUUGUUCAGACAGUUGACAACCUCCUGGGUCCUGAAGCUCUGGUGUCCUGGGCUGAUAUGAGCAAUGUUGACCAGUCACGCUCUGCAUCGCUGCUGCUAGACGCUGUGGAAAAAGGGGCGUUCCUACUGGCUAACAAUCUAUACGAAGGCCGCUUCAGUGACAGGGCACCAAAUAUUGAUCUGGAGGUGUAUGUACUAAAUACAGAGGCAGAUAUACAGGACUUGACGUUCCCUCACUCCUAUGACAGCGACAGCAUCCUUCAGAUAUCUGCACAGGCCCUGCAACAGUACAGCAACAAUGGCCAGGUGAAGCUGGUCCUGACCCUCUAUAAGAACUUGGGCUCCUUCCUGACCACUCAGAACUCAACACUGCGACUGGGGCUUGGGCUGAGCCAGGGCUCAGAGGCCAGACGCAGGAGCCUGGUGGUCAACUCUCAUGUCAUCUCGGCCUCUGUGCACAGAGGAUCCAACAGAGUUUACCUCACUGAGCCAGUGAUCUUCACUCUCAGGCACCUGCAGAUGGAGAACCACUUUGGACCCAAUUGUUCCUUCUGGAAUGCAUCAGGGGUUUUAGGCAGUGGAAGGUGGUCCACACAAGGCUGCCGCCUAUUACACACAAACAACUCGCACACUACUUGCGCCUGCAACCAUCUGUCCAGCUAUGCUGUCCUCAUGACAUACCAGCAACCUGCUCACGGCGUUGGAGUAGAAGAGCUCCUGGUAUAUGUGGUUUCAUGGGUCGGCAUCUCUGUAGCACUGGUGUGUUUGGCCACCUGCCUUACCACCCUGUGCUGCCAGGGGGCACCGUGGCACACUGAUCACAGCACCAUUCACUGCAACCUGUGGGCAAACCUGCUCGUCACUGAACUUCUCUUCCUUAUUGGUGCCAACAAGACGCAAUACACUGUUGUGUGCUCUAUCACUGCUGGCCUGCUGCACUUUUCGCUGCUCUCCGUGUUUUGCUGGUUGUGUCUGGAGGGGGUGGAACUGUACCUGCUGCAGAGAGAGGUGUUUGAGGGACGCAACUCCAGGAGGAAGUACUUCUACCUGUGUGGCUACUCUGUUCCAGGACUAGUGGUGGCUGUGUCCGCAGCCAUCGACUUCAGAGGCUACGGUUCAAAAGCUGCAUGUUGGCUACGCACAGACAACUACUUCAUCUGGAGUUUCCUUGGGCCCGUAGCUGUCAUCAUUACGUUGAACCUGGUGGUUUUGGUGAUGACCUUACAUAAGAUGCACAGCACUGCCGCUUUGAAGCCAGACUCCAGUCGUCAUGACAACCUGAGGGCGUGGGCGGUGGGCUCCCUGACGCUGCUCUUCCUGCAGAGCGUCACCUGGUCUUCAGGCCUGAUGUUCCUGUCCUCUCCAUCUCUCCUCCUGGCUUACCUCUUCUCCUCCCUCAACACCGCACAGGGCCUCCUUAUCACCAUACUGCACUGCACUCUCGCCAGGAAGGGUCAGAAAGAUUAUGGCCGUUGCCUACGUCUCUCGCAGUGCUGCGCGACUUCCUCGUCCAGCUCCCCGGACUCGGUGAAGGGCGCCGCACUUCGAUCCAACAGCCGCUACACCAGCAGCCAGAGUCGCAGAGCCACUGCCAACAGACAGAGUCGCAUCAGAAGGAUGUGGAAUGACACUGUUCGCAGACAGACGGAAUCAUCUUUCAUUGCCGCAGAUGUUAACAACACUCCUACUCUCAACCGAGCUGCUUUGGGGAACCAUUUCCUCACUAACCAAGUGUUACAGACACAUGCUGGAGCGUCUCCUUAUGACACAAUGCUGGGCCAGGGAUACAAUCAACCCUUCACCUCCACAGUAGGAACCUUCAGAAACAAGCAGAAGGGCGUAGUGUCGCAGAGCCAGGAGUCCUGUGGGUUGGACAGUGUGUGUCUCAACGGGGGCUACACCCCCAACACCUUCACUCUGCACGGUCUGGGGACAACUCCCGGGUCCCGUGCUGGAGUCGUGGGCAGCACUGACCUUCUGAGGGAGGGAGGAAUAGGAGGGGAUGAUAUCUCCCCAGGCCUUCUCACACCGCAUGGAGCCUCAGACUUGGGCAGCGGUGGUGGGAUUCGUCGAAAUCUGUCCGACGCAGCAGCGCUGGAGAAGAUGAUCAUCUCAGAGCUGGUGCAGAGCAACUUGAGGCCCUCGGUUCCCAUGCCCGUUCCUCCUGAGCGCUACGGGAGUUUGGCAAGGCCGCACCCCCACGACAGGGCCGCUCUCACCCACACUGCCACUUUAACUCGACAUGCGCCGCCACCCCAAGAGGGCUGGGCCGCCACCAUGCAGCCAAACACGCGGCACAACGCACAAGAAGGCUGGGCGCAUCCGAGGCACCACACACCCGAUGCUGAGACACACUCCGCGACGAGGGCACAAGAUCAUAACACAACGCCACGCUUACAAGAUGGAUGGUCACACGCACGAGUGUCCGGAGACUCUGAGUCCCGUGACCUGCUGAAAGACGGAGACCGGUCCCAGCUGCAGGGCACUCUCGGCCGCCGUGGGCUCCAGGACAGACAGCAGGCUCGCCCCCCUGAUAUUCAAGCUCGCCCCUACUCCACCCUCAGCCGCACACCUGGCACGCUGUCCCGCCACCGCAGCACAGUGGAGACGAGUGGUGGGACGGACAGAGACAGGGAGAGAGACCGGGAUCGCUACCGGGACAGGCCACUCCCUCCCCCCCCACCCCCUCCCCCGCUUGAGUCUGAGCCCUUGUACAAGGCCCUGGAGGAGCCGCUGCUGAUGAAACAGAGGGAGGCAAAUGUGGAGACAUGGAGAGGUGGCCCGGACAAAGAAAAGGAUGAGACCUUCCUCUUAAAACGAGAUGCGAUGCUGGAUGACUGGAGGCCUGACAGGGGGAGAGAGGAACCUUUUGCCUCUCAGAAGAGAGAUGGAGAGAUGGACGAAUGGAGAGGCGGCAUAGAGAGAGGGAGGGAGGAAUCCCAUAUGCUGGAGAAGAGAGAUGGAAGGAUGGAGGUGUGGCGAGGGCCUGAGACAGAGCAGGAAGAGACUUUUAUAACUCAAAAGAAAGAUUUUGGAAUGGACGGAUGGAGAGGCGGGGGGAUGGACAGAGAGAAAGAUGAAUCUUUGUUUUUAAAGGACAGAGACGGCUGGAGAGCAGGGAUCGAACGGGAGAAUGAGAAACAGAAGGAUAGAGCCCUGGACGUGUGGAGAGGAGGGAUGGAUAUAGAGAGAGAAGAAUCCUUCCUGUUUGACAGCAAAGACGGAGGGUUGGACGGGAGGAAACGAGGGAAAGAUAGAGGGUCUCUUCGGUAUCACGGCGAGCGAGAAGAUUCCGACAGCUUCUCUCUUCCUUUGACCCCUGAUCUCGACCUUGACCCUGACUCCUCACCUAUCUACGCCCGAGACUCAAACCCUUCCCCGCUCUACCCAGGAGAGCGUCGCUCGCCACCCCUCAGCAUCUUCCCCAGAAGCUCUCCGCCGACGAAUAUCUUCGCUCCGCGAGAGACUAACUCACCUCCCAACAACCUGUACUCCCGCCACUCCCCACAGGUGUACAGCCGCAGCAGCUCCCCGCCUCGCUUCUACACCCGCACCUCCCCGCCGACCCUCUCGUACCCAGACAGCAGCCCGGAAGGUCCAGAAGAAGUGAGUCCCACCGGUCAGCCCCAGAGGCCCGCCCUGGAACUGCCCUACAGCCUGGGACGACCCCCGCUGGGCCCGCGGCCCAAUCACUUGCAGACCUUCUACCAGCCACCACCACUGGCAACCAACGGAGAAGCAGGGUACACAGCAGAGCCCACCUCUGAGGGAGAAGACGGACAGAUGCAGCGGGUGACGAGCCUGUGACUAGGGCGGUGGUGAUUGGGGCAUAGAAACCAGGGAGGAUGAGGACGUUGGGGAAAUAACAACGAUAUAGUUAUAAUUAUAACGAUCAAACUGAUGAAAACAAUGACAAUUGUGAUGAUAAAAAGAAUAUUGGUUACGGUAACAGUGAUGAUAAUUGACAAUGAUGGCUCCUCCCUGCUUCUAUCUCCCGAUCACCACGAGACUUCCCUCUUUCCAUGUUUUGUUACUUUUGUAUGACUGUGGUCCAUCUGAAACUCUUCCUUCUCCUCUCCCUCUCCUCUCUUUCCUGCAACCCUACUGUGUCUCCCCAUCUCAUCGGUGCUUAUCCUUAUUGGCCUGUCAUCUGAGUUUCUAAUGCUUCAUCGGCUGGGUGUUGCCCCUCCCCGUAGCAAGCGAACAGUGUGUCAAAGAAGCACUUGUGUGUUGCCAAAAAAAAAAAUCCUUUCAAAGAACAUGUGCAUGACUUUAUAGUGGCUUUACACGGCUACAUACUGUAGAAGGAAGUGCUGAAGUGCGUGUGACUGUACAUGCGCGUGAGUGUGUGUGUGCGCGUAGCUUGAUGAGCAUGUGAGUGUGUGUGUGUGUGUAGGGGUGUGUAUAUGUGUAAAAGAGAGAGUGUGUAUAUAUAAAUCAUUCUUGUAUAAUUAAUGUAUCACAGUGAAGCAUUUUAUCAAUACCAACUGGAGGGCCUCUUACACACAUUGCCUCCAAGUGAUUUUGAACUCUUGACCAAUCCUAUUUCACAUCAAGACCAAAACCUCUGCCCCCGUCCGCGACCGGCCAUUAAAUGUUUGCCGAUGGAACUUGUUGCCAUGGAGUUUGUCAUAGCAACCGAACUCUUGACUGCAGAGCGAGAGAUCAUAUGAAAAACCUCAGAACUUUUCUGCGACCCCCAGAGAUCCUUGUACAUAUCGACCUCUCAAGUGUUCUGAUUGUCUUGUAUUGCUAUUGAAGUUCAAGUAAACAUGUGAAAUAAA